CAGAAGCUGCUGGCCACCAAGCCCCUCUCCAAAAUGCUGCCAGUGGAUGAGUAUCUGCCCAUCAUGUACGACAAGCACCCCAACGAGGAUUACAAGCGGCACUUCUCCCCCCGGGACUUGCUGGUGUUUUCAGCUCACCCGCUCCUGGUUUAUCCCACCCACUACGCUGGGGACAGCAACUGGCUGAGUGACACUGAGACCUCCACCAUCUGGGAUGACGAUGCCAAGAAGACGGACUGGGCUGGCUCGCAGAAGACCCUGCGGGACUCACGGGGCAGCGCCGGCCACCUCCGCUCCACUGGCCACGACGAGCUCUGAUGGGAUGAGGGAUCGUGACCCAGCUGGGAGCACCGCGGGCCUGAUCCUGCCCAUUCCUACUCGAGUGAUGCAGUUGCCCUGGACAGACCCCCACAGGGUUCUUCGAAUCUGACUGUUACAAAUCCAACCUAAGGCAGGAUUUGCCUCAGGAGAGCCUUUCCCUGCCAGGUGGAGUGACCAGCCAAGCACUGUCUCUGCUGAGCACACGUCUCCAGGACUGCCCCAAGUGAUGCCAACUCUGCCACCAGCUUGGACUUUCGGGAGUGCUUUUCAGGCUGGAGGCUGGCUCCUGCAGUGGCACACGUGGCCUCCUGCCACUGACUGGGUUGUCCCUCGUGCCAUGUCUGGGCUGAAGCCCAGGGAGGAUUAAAGCAGACUGUGAUUGAGCUGA